UGAUACUACAAAAAAGAUAAAGUAAACCCAGUCUUCUUUGUAUUGGAGACUGGAAACACAACCCCCACACGCCCCUCUCUCUCCACUCAAUUUCCCCCUCCCCAUUUCUUUCUUUUACCAUUUAAUUAAAAAAAAAAAUCAAAACACCAAAAAUAAAAAAUUAAAUUAAUGCAUGUCUUGAUCUCACAAUUUGGAAGCGACCCAGUAUUUAUUUCCCCCACAACCACAUGGGGUAGUAUAACCUCUAGACAAACACACUCAAUUCGUUUUACAGAGCCACCCUUCCAAUUUAAUUCUUUUUUCUGCCUUGAAGUUGUUGAUUGUCAGACCAUGUAUAUCAGAACCGAGGAAUAGAAGCUUUGAAGAACAACUAGUAGUAGAUUGUUGGUUCUUAUUGGUUUUGGUGUUUUUAUUCGUUAGCUUAGGAAAUGGUACAACAACUUCUGUGAAUAUAAUAGUAUUGAGUUUGAGUAGAUUGGUGGAUUUGUGUUUGGGAUGGAGGAUUUCUUGCAAUUCGGAAAUACAGAGAAUAGUAAUAGUACUACUCGGUGGUGGAAAUGCAAUCUUCAUGAUGAUCCGACAAAAACACAAUUCCAAUGUACAAAAUCAAUUUUGACAGUACGAGAAGAAGGAGCAGAGGUUAUAGAAGGAGAAACAACAAGACAAACAACAACAGCAGCAGCAACAAACUCCUCAAGAAUGGGAAGUUCAUCAUUCAGCAGCAACUUCCGGACGGUUUCAGUUUUUGUUUGCAUUCUGUUUUUGUUCUUCUCUGUUUGUUGUCCUGCUCAUUCACUCCAUGAUUCCCACAAUUCCAAUCACACAACCACUCUCCGGCCAGAGGAAGAGUUGCAAAAGUUAAGAUUGAUUCGAGCCCAUCUCAAGAAGAUCAACAAGCCUCCCGUCAAGACAAUUCAGAGUGCAGAUGGUGAUCUUAUUGAUUGCGUGUUGUCUCAUCAACAACCAGCUUUUGAUCAUCCUAAAUUGAUAGGCCAAAAACCGAUGGAUCCACCUGAAAGGCCAAAAGGACGUGACCCAACUGGCAUUUUAUCAGAGGAUUUUCAAUUGUGGAGCAUGUCUGGUGAAUCAUGCCCUGAAGGAACAGUUCCAAUCCGAAGAACUUCCGAACAAGAUAUGUUGAGAGCCAGCAAUUUGAGAAGAUUUGCCAGGAAGUUGAGAAGACCAAUCCGAAGGGAUUCCACCAGCAACGGCCAUGAGCAUGCAGUUGGGUACGUAACUGGAGAUCAGUACUAUGGAGCAAAAGCAAGCAUAAAUGUAUGGGCUCCAAAAGUUGUAACGCAGUAUGAAUUCAGCUUAUCACAAAUUUGGGUGAUUGCAGGCUCUUUCAAUGAUGAUCUUAACACCAUCGAAGCUGGUUGGCAGGUUAGUCCAGAGCUGUAUGGGGACAACUACCCAAGAUUUUUCACAUAUUGGACCAGUGAUGCGUAUCAGGCCACAGGGUGUUAUAAUUUGCUAUGCUCAGGCUUUGUUCAGACAAAUAAUAAAAUAGCAAUUGGAGCAGCUAUUUCUCCAACUUCUGCGUACAACGGUGGUCAAUUUGAUAUCAGCUUAUUAAUUUGGAAGGAUCCAAAACAUGGGAAUUGGUGGCUGGAAUUCGGGUCAGGAAUACUAGUUGGGUACUGGCCGUCAUUCUUGUUUACGCACCUUAAGAAUUCAGCAAGUAUGGUACAAUUUGGUGGGGAGAUUGUGAACACAAGGGUUUCUGGUGCUCAUACAUCAACCCAGAUGGGAAGUGGACAUUUCGCCGGAGAAGGUUUCGGUAAAGCUUCUUAUUUCAGGAAUCUACAAGUUGUGGAUUGGGACAAUAGUUUGAUUCCACUCAACAAUCUUCGAGUUCUGGCUGACCAUCCUACCUGUUACAACAUUCAGGGCGGAAUUAAUCGGGUUUGGGGUAAUUAUUUCUAUUAUGGAGGACCUGGUAGAAAUUCAAGAUGUCCUUGAAUUUAAAUAUAUAUCUAUAUGGUGGAAAUUAUAGUGUUACUUUAGUGUUACACAUCUUUUUUUAUUUUCGAUUUUCUUUCCUGGGUGGGUGGUACGUGCCAAAAAUUGGAACGACUGUGGGUGAUUCUUUGCUAUUGUUUUUCAAUCUAACAAGGGGUUUUGGUCCAUAAAUUAUAGGAGUGCUAGCUAGCUAUCAAAGUUUAAUUAGGGGUUUUGUGUAAAUUGUGAUAAUUAAUUAUAAUUUAAAAUAGUGCAUAUAACUUCUUCUCCUUUCC